AUGUUCUCCAAGAUCGUAAUACUCGCUUGCGCUUUGGCAUUGUGCAAUGCCGGCAUCUUAGCACCAGUGCCCGCCGCUGGACAAUACACUUUGACCACCGCGGCUUUGACAUCCACGUCGGACAACAUACUUCGUAGCUCCGGAAAUUUGGCACAGAUUGCAACCCAAUCGAAAACGAUCUCCACACCGUUUUCGAGCUCUAGCAAAUCCGACAUUCGUGUAACAAAUCCAGGAAUUUACGCUCACACCGCCCCAUUGGCUUACGCUGCCCACGCCGCCCCCCACGCAGCACCUCUGGCAGCCGCAGCCCCAAUCGCCGCUCAACCAAACCAGCUCCUUGGUGUCGCAUAUUCUCCAGCAGUUGCUGUUUCGCACAUGGCAUACAGUAGCCCCAUCGGUGUCUCCUAUUCCUGGUAA